GCAAAGUAACUUACUUAAUCGUUUUGGAUACUCUGUUUCUUAAUCCUAAAUAUUAUGGCAAUCUUGAAAUGGAGUCAGCGAAAACUGUUUAAUAAAACAGUCCAGAUAGAGAUAAAAGAAUAUUGAUCGAAUUCAGCUUAUUAAAUGAUCGUGCGAACAGCUCGUGUGAGAGCAUAUUCUGGUGACGCAAUAAUCAUAAUUUUUCGAAUAAGGAUCAUUUCUUCCAAAAAAUGAAAACGUUAUUACCGUUAAUUCUGUUCGCUGUAUCUAUGACGAUAACGUUAGGAGCAGAGAAGACGUUCGUUAGAGAAAAAAAUAUCUUGAAGGAACUUUCAAAUGCUAUGUCGAGCCGCACAAAUGGCCGCACUGACAGAGACAAGAAAAUUAACAAAGGAUUUGAAUGGGUAAUUCAAGGCGUGAACAUCUUGGGUCAAGUGGACGAUUUCAUUAGCGAUAGAACAAAGAACAUUAUUCGAAAAUUGCACGUAGCUUAUAACGAGAAUGACAGAGACGGGAAUAUAUAUCCGCCUGGUCGAAGUUUAAAUAGAAACUAUUAGAUAUGUAAAUAAUAUGUGUAAUACGUUAAAUUCUAGACUGUUUGAUAUUGAAAUGUACAUAUGUAUAAGCGAUAUUUGGUAAAUAUACAGUUUGGCUUACCGAA